AUGAAACCUGGAAUAGGAAAUAAACUUUUUAUGAAUAGCACAAAAUUUCGUGGCAAAGUAAUAGCAAUAAGAAGAGAAGACCAAUCAGUAUGGGAAAGAAGAGCAGCUUUGGCACCUUUACACGUGAGGAAACUUACAAGAGCAGGGGUCAAGGUUAUCGUCCAACCAGCUAACAGGAGGGCAUAUCCCACGCAGGCUUAUUUAAAAGCAGGGGCUAUCAUUCAAGAAGAUAUUUCUGAAGCAUCAGUAAUAUUUGGUAUAAAACAAGUUCCUGUAGAUUUACUUUUGCCUGACAAAACUUAUUGUAUGUUUUCACACACCAUUAAAGCUCAAGAAUCCAAUAUGCCAAUGCUUGAUGCUAUGCUGGAGAAGAAUAUUAGAUUGAUAGACUAUGAAAAAUUGGUUGACGAAGUUGGACAACGAGUAGUAGCGUUUGGAAAAUGGGCAGGAGUUGCUGGAAUGUUAAAUAUAUUUCACGGACUUGGUUUAAGGCUUCUUGCUCUUGGCCACCAUACCCCUUUUAUGCAUAUAGGUCCUGCCCAUAACUACAGAAACUCAUCAAUGGCCAACCAAUCAGUCAGAGAUAUUGGAUAUGAAAUAGCUUUAGGAAUGUUACCUAAAUCUAUUGGACCGCUCACAUUUGUUUUUACUGGGUCGGGUAAUGUAUCUCAGGGUGCCCAGGAAGUUUUUCAAGAACUGCCUCAUGAAUAUGUUCCUCCUGAAAUGUUACAGAAAGUUGCUGAACAUGGAGCUCCUAACAAAGUUUAUGGAUGUGAGGUUCGUCGCAGACACUAUUUGGAAAGGAAGUCCGGAGGUGGUUUUGAUCAUGAUGAAUACGAAAAAUGUCCAGAUGACUACAUAUCUACAUUUAGUAAAAAAAUAGCACCGUUUGCGUCUGUUAUAGUGAAUGGAAUAUAUUGGGCUGUCGGUUCUCCAAAAUUAUUGACAUUACCAGACGCAAAAGCUCUGUUGCGCCCAAUGCAUGCUCCUUGGUUGCCAUGUUCUGAAGGUGCACCUCCAUUACCACACAGGCUCCUUGCUAUUUGUGAUAUCAGUGCUGAUCCUGGAGGCUCAAUUGAAUUCAUGAAUGAGUGUACUACGAUUGACACCCCGUUUUGUCUCUACGAUGCAGACCGUAACAAAGACACCAAAAGCUUUAAGGGUCCUGGUGUAUUGGUAUGUUCGAUUGACAAUAUGCCUACUCAGCUACCAAAAGAAUCUACAGAUUUCUUUGGGGAACUUGUUCUACCUUAUGUUAGUGACAUCAUAACGUCUGAUGCUACAAAGCCACUUGAAGAACACAACUUUCAGACACCAGUUUAUAAUGCCAUAAUAACGAGCAAUGGAAAAUUAACACCAAAUUUUGAAUAUAUUCAAGAGCUUAGAGAAAGUAUGAAAUCUAAGCACAAAUUUGAAGCAAGGUGUGAUGGAGAUAUGAAAAAAGUCUUAGUUUUAGGUGCAGGUCGAGUGUGCAUGCCACUCAUCGAAUAUUUGCACAGGGAUGAAAAUCUUAGUAUUGUUCUGGGAUCUUCUGUGCGAGCUGAUGUAGAGACACUUUCUAGAGGACUCGACAGGAUCACACCUGUUCAAAUCGAUGUGAUUGACAUGCCUGGUAAAUUAAAGGAACUCGUCGCCUCAGCCGAUCUUGUGGUGUCUCUAUUGCCGUACCAGUUGCACCAUGCUGUGGCAGAAGUUUGUAUAGAUCAUGCAAAAAACAUGGUUACUGCUUCAUAUCUCACUCCCGAUAUGUCUUCCCUUCAUGAAAGGGCGGUGCAAGCAGGUAUCACUAUAGUAAAUGAAGUUGGUUUGGAUCCUGGAAUUGACCAUCUUUUGGCAAUGGAAUGUAUUGAUGAAGUCCAUUUGGCUGGAGGUAAGGUGGAGUCCUUUAUCAGUUACUGUGGAGGACUGCCAGCUCCAGAAUGUUCAGAUAACGCCUUACGGUACAAAUUUUCAUGGUCACCACGAGGAGUAUUAUUAAACACAUUAGGAACGGCUAAGUAUUUGAUGGAAUCUAAGGUCGUUGAAGUUCCCGCUGGAGGAGAUGUAUUGAAUCACUGUAAUGAUGUUAAUUUUUUGCCUGGCUUUGCUUUAGAAGGAUAUCCAAAUAGAGAUAGCAUUCGUUAUGCGAGUCUCUAUGGAAUAGCAGCAGAGGCUAGUACAGUAUUUAGAGGCACAUUAAGAUUUAGAGGUUUUGUAAGCGCGAUGCAGGGUCUACAAAAAUUAGGAUUAAUAGACCCAAACCCUCAUCCAGCACUUCAUCCAAAAGGCCCAGAAAUAACAUGGAGAGAAUUGGUCUGCACAUUGCUUGGUCUUUCAAAUAUGGAUGUUUUUUAUGGCAACUUAAAAAGUAAAGUUAGUGAAAAGAUUGGAGAUGAUAAACUGGAAGCAAUAGAAAACAUGGGACUUCUUAGUGACAAGUUAAUAAACAAAAUGGAUACACCACUUGACACUCUAUCAUGCUAUCUAGCUGAAAAAUUAGUGCUUGGCGAAGCUGAUAGGGAUGUGAUUGUGAUGAGACAUGACAUAGGUAUUAUGUGGCCUAAUGGAAAUAGAGAAAGUAGAGGAAUAACUUUGGUUGAAUAUGGUGAUGUAAAAGGACACACAGCCAUGUCCCGUAUGGUAGGACUUCCAGCAGCCAUUGCUGCAAAAAUGGUUCUCGAUGGUGAAAUACAGGAAAAAGGAAUGGUUUUACCAUUUUCACCAGACAUUUAUAGACCUAUUCUAUCAAGACUUAGGGCAGAAGGUAUCCAAGUGAAGGACAUCACAUAUUAA